AUGGACACCUACACCAAAACAGGGAAGGUUUACCUCCAACAAUACAAAACCGGCAAAAACUGGAAGCCUGUGUUGUUGUCUCUGUUUGCCUCCAGCUGUAGAGAAGUGGGCCGACUGGAGAUCCAGAAUAUGGGAGAUGGUGGUGCAGAAGUGGAUCAUAGCACCGCAGUCAGGAAACACCACCAGCCUCUUGGGAAGAAAAAGCUGAAGGUGGUUCAACUGUCCAAGCUGAUCAGUGUUGUUAGACUGCCUUCAAAUGCUGAGGCCUGCCCCAUGGAGAACAUGUCUGCAUUUUGUGUGGAAACACAGGACAGAACAUUGGUGUUUGCUGCACUCAAAGACGACUGUGUGGACUGGGUAAAAAAACUGUGUCACAUCAUGUUUCAGGGAGGAGGUCCCUCAGGCUCAAAUCAGCUUCAUUUGGGGGAGAACCAGAUAUACGCCUCAUCAGAUGAAGAAUUCUGGGUUAUAGUUCAGAGGACGGAUGCAGCAAUACGUUGUGGUCUACAGGGGUUUGCCUGGCUGCAGGUGGGACAGGAGGCACUGCAGCUGAGAGAAACACAGAGAAAGAAACUUGUCAUGGAGUGGCCUUAUGAACUGCUGAGACGAUAUGGAAAAGAUAAGCUGACUUUAACCAUUGAAGCAGGGAGACGCUGUGACUCUGGUCCUGGAACAUUCACCUUCGAGACAUCGCAGGCUGAGAAAAUAUUUUUCCUGAUCCAGAGCACCAUCAACCGAAAGACUUUAGCUAUUACAACAGGUAACCAAAAUCAAGAGGGUAAGAAAGUUAUCACAACAUAUAAACAGACCAAUUGCCCUAUCCCCAAAAUACCUGAUAUGACCGGUAUGGCUAUUGUGGAGAGGGACCUGAGGACAGAGGUGCGGAAAUGUGGAGCUCCAGAAGAGAAUGCUCGUAUUCAAGGAGAACUGGUUUCACAAUCAGAAUGUGUAUCACCACAGCCAGCUCCUAUUACCCUCAUGCCUCUGCCAUUGGUUCCCACAAAUGACAGCCUCUGUGGAGGUCAUCAACAUUGCCAAUCAGACCCUGUAUAUGCUGACCCAGCAGAAUGCAUUCAGUCUGUAUCAAAACUGCAACUGUCCUUGGCUCUCUAUGUGGACCCUGCAGUUGUUCUUCCACUCAAACCCCCCACUUUAAGAGCAACUGUUCUUGCUCCCCUUCCUGGCUCCUCAAUGUCAUAUACUUGCUUUGACAUGGAUUAUCCAGAUUCAGUCUACUCAGAGGUUUAUGACAGAGUUGGUCCAGUCCAAAUUAAACAUCUUAUCACCCACAGCAAAGAAAAAACUAAGUGUUUUACAGAUGAUGACCCAAUUUAUACUGAGCCUUUGAAUGAGAAGGAGAAGGUCUUCCAUAAUACUGAAAACACACUUGACCCAUUUGCCCACCUGUAUGCUCAAGUCUGCAAGUCAUCUUGUCCCUCAACAUCCUCUAAAACCACCCCUCCCUGCUCUGCUCCCCCUUUUUCUGUUACUGGCAUCACAUCAGAAACAAAUGACAUGGACCUGUCACUUGAUGAUGUCAUCAUUUAG